AUUACAUACAAAUUACAAUAGAUAGAAGUUUAUUGAAUUUAUUUACAUAAUACAAUUACGGUUUAUUGAAUUUAAUGGAAAUAAAGCAAGAAGUUCGUGAAAAUACUUGUAUUAAAGUAGAACUAGAUAAUAAUGAGGCAUGUAAUGUUCCUUUGGAUACUUUCAAAGUUGAAAUUAAAGAGGAAAAGGAAAAAGUUGGUUCUUUAGAUCACAGUAUAUGGCUAAACACUUUAAACUCUGAUUUAGAAUUAAAGGAAUGCCAUGUAAAAAGAGAAAUAGAAGAUGAAUCAUUGACCCAAACAAAGGAAAAAGGUCUCUCCUGUGAAGAUAAACAAACUGAUGCCAUUGAUGUAUUAAAAGAAGAACAUAUAAUUAACCAAAGUUUAAAUCAAACUUGUACUGCCACUGCAAAUAUAAAUGUUGAAGAAAAGCUUUGGACAUGUAAAAUUUGCUUUAAACACUAUACAACACAGGAAAAUUUGAAAAUACAUAUGAAAGAACACAUUGUCAAAAAAAUAUUUACAUGUAAUGUUUGCUGUGAACAAUUUUCAACACAUUAUUUCUUAACAAUUCAUAAGAAAACACACACUGGCGAAAAACCUUUAUCAUGUGAAAUUUGCACCAAACAGUUUAUUUUAAACUCUAGGUUAAAAGAACAUAUGAAAAUACAUACUGGUGAAAAACCUUUUGUGUGUGAAAUUUGCUAUAAUGAGUUUCCACGAAACACUCAACUAACAAAACAUAUGAAAAUACACACUGGAGAAAAACCAUUUACCUGUGAAAUUUGCUAUAGACAGUUUAGAGAAAAAUUUAAAUUAAAAGAACAUAUGAGAUUACACACUGGAGAAAAACCUUUCUCAUGUGAAAUUUGCACUAAACAGUUUCGACGAAACUGUAAACUAAAAGAACAUAUGAAAAUACACAUUGAAGAAAAACAAUUUACAUGUGAAAUUUGCAACAGGCAGUUUCUACAAAACUAUCGAUUAAAUGAACAUAUGAGAUUACACACUUUACAAAAUAUGUCUACAUGUGAAAUUUGCUAUAAACAGUAUCCACGAAACUCUCAACUAACAAAACAUAUGAAAAUACACACUGGCGGAAAGCCUUUUGCAUGUGAAAUUUGCAAUAAACAGUUUACACGAGACUCUCAACUAACAAAACAUAUUGCAAUGCAUACUGGGGAAAAACUAUUUGAAUGUGAAAUUUGUAAUAAACGGUUUCCACGAAACUGUCGACUAAGAAAACAUAUGAAAAUACACACUGGAGAAAAACCAUUUAGAUGUGAUAUUUGCUAUGGACAGUUUACAGAAAAAUUUAAAUUAAAAGAACAUAUGAGGUUACACACUGGAGAAAAACCGUUCACAUGUGAAAUUUGCACAAAACAGUUUCGACAAAAUGCUCGAUUAAAGGAACAUAUGAAAAUUCAUACAGGAGAAAAUAUUUUUACAUGCGAAGUUUGCAAUAAACAAUUUUCACGAAAUUGUCAACUAAACGAACAUAUGAGAAUACACACCGGAGAAAAACCUUUUGCAUGCAAUAUGUGCACAAAAAAGUUUUCACGUUCUUCUUAUUUAAAAUCACACAUGAAAAUACACACCUAGAAAAAAUAGUAUUUAUUUAACUGUAAAAUUUACUCCAAAAUGUUUCCAUAAAAAUCACAAAAAAACUUGCACCAGAGAAAAAACUUUCAUAUCAUUCAAAUCAUAUUGUAUUAUUACAAAGAAAGGGCAAACAAAUGUACUAUGUGAUAGAACAGGACAAAUUUGUAAAGGUUCAUCAGUUUUAAUAUUUGGAGCACAAAAUUGAGAAUUUGUGAUACAUGGAUAUUUACAAAACAAAAUAAGAAGUAAAAUUCUCAGAAAGAAGAAUUCUUAGAUGGAUAAUAUAGGCCAGUUAAGUAUAACACCACAACAAUAUAGAGUGAGAACUAACCAAGAAUUGGAAAAAUUAUAUAACCAGCCAGAUAUAGAAAUAUUUAGAUGGGAAAACCAUGUCAAGAGACAUGAUCAGCAUGUCGUCAAGCUAGUCUUGGCAAAGAAUCUGAAAAUAAACCAAGGAUGCAGUGGGAAGAUAGUUUUACAGCAGAUCUAUGUGCUCUAACUAGUGGAGAAUCCUGGAAAAUAAUGAUACAUUGCUGCAAGUAGAGGCAGAAGUCAAUGAAUCUUAAAAAACCUAUAUCUUGUUAAAUGAUGAAUAAAAAGAAUUAACAG